CGCGUGUGGAGCAACUUCCAGUUUUGGUCAAAAACAUCAAAGCAUAAAGGUCUCCACGGCCACGUUGAUGCUCAGAUCUGAACAAUGGCUCCCCAGUAAGAAUCUUAUUCAAAUCCCUCUUUCCAAGUUCGAAUAAUAAAAUCAAAACACAAAAAACAAAAGGGAAAUCAGCCUAUGCGUUUGGACUGCGCACACGAAGAUACACUACACUGCUAAAAUACGUAUCAUACCACCCAAAAUUGAAGUGUUCGAGGACGCUUCUCAGAUCUGAUUUCGGAAGGAAUUGUGGAAAUCAUAUACAUUCAGCUUUAAGUAUUGAAGAAUGGCAGACAGUGUGUCAAGUUUUUGGGGCCCUGUCACAUCUACGCAUGAGUGGUGUGAACCAAAUUAUGUCUACUCGUCCUACAUUGCAGAAUUUUUCAACACAGUUUCCAUUGUUCCGGGCAUCCUUUUGGCACUCAUUGGUCUUCUGAAUUCAUUGAGACAGCAUUUUGAGAAAAGGUUUAGCGUCCUUCACAUAUCAAAUGUGAUACUUGCUAUUGGCAGCAUGCUAUAUCAUGCUACACUGCAGCGGCUGCAACAACAAGGUGAUGAAACUCCGAUGGUGUGGGAAAUGCUCCUUUACAUUUACAUCCUUUAUUCACCCGAUUGGCACUACCGCAGCACAAUGCCCACAUUUCUUUUCCUCUACGGUGCUUUAUUUGCGGUUGCGCAUUCUCAGCUCCGUUUUGACAUUGGUUUCAAAGUGCACUAUGUGCUGCUUUGCCUUCUUUGCAUCCCGAGGAUGUACAAGUACUAUAUUCUCACCGAGGACAGGUCAGCUAAGAGGCUUGCGAAGUUGUACCUUUUGACGCUUUUGGGUGGGAGCUUUUGCUGGCUGGUCGACCGCUUGUUCUGCAAGGACAUUUCGCGCUGGUAUUUCAAUCCGCAGGGUCAUGCACUUUGGCACAUUUUAAUGGGUUUCAAUUCAUAUUUUGCCAAUACUUUCCUCAUGUACUGCCGUGCACGACAACGUGAGUGGAAUCCUAAGGUGGAACACUUUCUCGGGUUUUUCCCUUAUGUUAAGAUUCACAAACCCAAGGCACAAUAGAAGGAAAUUAAUUGGCCCCUUGGUGUUAGUUGGGAAAUGGAGGUUGCCGUGACUUGUCACUUUUUUUUUUUUUUUCGGUUUUU